CAGCCAUUUCCUAGACGGGUUCCGCCGACAGUCGACUGUUUUGCAGCAAGCAGGAGGACGCGACCUGGCCGGUCUCGCCUGUCAUCUCCCCGUGUUGGAUCGGGAAAACUCCGCGGUGCUCUGCUCGGGCUCCUCGGGUGGAUGAGAGCCUGUCCAGCGGCCUGAGAGCGCAGAGAACAGCCGCUUGGUCUCCCCGGCAGCAGCAGCCAUGGCUCUGAAGAUCGUUAAAGGCAGCAUCGAUCGGAUGUUCGACAAAAACCUGCAAGACUUAGUACGUGGCAUUAGGAAUCACAAGGAGGAUGAGGCCAAAUACAUCUCCACGUGCAUCGAUGAGAUCAAGCAGGAGCUCAAGCAGGACAACAUUGCCGUCAAAGCCAAUGCUGUCUGCAAACUCACCUACUUGCAGAUGCUGGGUUAUGAUGUCAGCUGGGCUGCGUUCAACAUCGUGGAGGUGAUGAGCUCUUCCAAAUUCACUUACAAGCGAAUUGGCUACCUGGCUGCCUCACAGUGCUUUCAUGAAGGCACUGAUGUCAUCAUGCUGACCACCAAUCAGAUCCGCAAGGAUCUCAGUAGUCCAAAUCAGUAUGACACGGGUGUGGCCCUGACUGGCCUUUCCUGCUUUGUGACCCCUGACCUGGCUCGUGACCUGGCCAACGACAUUAUGACACUGAUGUCCCACACUAAGCCGUACAUCAGGAAGAAAGCUGUUCUUAUCAUGUAUAAAGUGUUCCUGAAGUACCCAGAGUCCCUGCGCCCUGCCUUCCCCCGUCUCAAAGAGAAGCUGGAGGAUCCUGACCCAGGUGUGCAGUCAGCAGCAGUUAAUGUCAUCUGUGAGCUGGCCAGAAGGAACCCCAAAAACUACCUGUCCCUGGCCCCCCUCUUUUUCAAGCUCAUGACCUCGUCUACCAACAACUGGGUCCUCAUCAAGAUCAUCAAGCUGUUUGGUGCCCUCACCCCUCUGGAGCCUCGACUAGGAAAGAAGCUGAUUGAGCCCUUAACAAACCUCAUUCACAGUACCUCAGCUAUGUCACUCCUGUAUGAAUGUGUCAACACAGUGAUAGCAGUGUUGAUUUCUCUGUCCUCGGGGAUGCCCAACCACAGUGCUAGUAUUCAGCUCUGUGUGCAGAAACUGCGAAUCCUGAUUGAAGACUCGGACCAGAACUUGAAGUACUUGGGUCUGCUGGCCAUGUCCAAGAUUCUGAAGACACAUCCGAAAUCAGUGCAGUCUCACAAGGACCUAAUCCUGCAGUGUCUGGACGACAAAGACGAGUCCAUCCGGCUUAGGGCUCUGGACCUGCUUUAUGGCAUGGUCUCUAAGAAGAACCUGAUGGAGAUUGUGAAGAAGUUGAUGUUGCACGUCGACAAGGCUGAAGGCACCACAUACAGGGAUGAGCUGCUCACCAAAAUCAUUGACAUCUGCAGCCAGAGCAACUAUCAGUACAUCACCAACUUUGAGUGGUACAUCAGCAUUCUGGUGGAGUUAACUCGACUGGAAGGCACACGGCAUGGUCACCUAAUUGCCUCUCAAAUGCUGGACGUGGCCAUUCGCGUCAAGGCCAUUCGAGCCUUCGCUGUGGCUCAGAUGGCCAUGUUGCUGGACAACGCUCACCUGCUCACAGGCAACAUGCAGCGCAACGGCAUCUGUGAGGUCCUUUAUGCUGCCGCCUGGAUCUGCGGAGAGUUCUCUGAGCACCUGGAGGAUCCAAACCAGACACUGGAGGCCAUGUUGAGGCCCAAAGUGGCUACGCUGCCAGGCCACAUUCAGGCUGUGUAUGUGCAGAAUGCUGCAAAGCUGUUUGCUACAGUGCUGAGGAAGCAUGAGGGGGCGACAGACAGCCAGGCUGCACAGGAGACCAGCCAACUUCUCGUAGAGAGACUGCCACUUUUUGUCCAGAGUGCUAACCUGGAAGUACAAGAAAGGGCAUCCUGUAUCCUGCAGCUGGUGAAAUACAUCCAGAAACUCCAGCAGAAGGAUGUGGAGGUGGCUGAAGAGGUGUCUGCACUGUUUGCAGGGGAGCUUAACCCUGUGGCCCCUAAGGCCCAGAAGAAAGUGCCUGUGCCUGAAGGUCUGGACCUGGACGCCUGGAUUAAUGAGCCUCCAUCUGAGAGUGAGUCUGAGGAUGAGAAGCCCAAAGCUGUGUUUGCUAAAGAGGAAACUAAACACUCUCGACCUCGUCACACUGAAGUAGAUGAGAAAGAGCUGGCAAGGAGGAGGGAAGCCAGGAAGCAGGAACAGGCCAACAACCCCUUCUAUAUCAAAUCCUCCCCAUCAUCUCAGAAGGUGUAUCAGGACACGCCAGGUGUAGAGCACAUUCCAGUGGUGCAGAUAGACCUCAGUGUGCCUCUCAAAGUCCCAGGGAUGCCCAUGUCCGACCAGUACCUGAAGCUAGAGGAAGAGCGUCGUCAGAAGGAGAAGGCUGAGAAGAAAAAGAAAGAGAAGAAGAAGAAGAGAGAGAAGCAUGGGAAAGGCAAGAAGCACGACUCAGGCCCUGAGAGUGAGGAAGACAUUACACCUGCUCACCAGGUGGACAUAGUCACAGAGGAAAUGCCAGAGAAUGCCUUACCAAGUGAUGAUGAUGACAAAGACCCUAAUGAUCCGCACAAAGCCCUGGACAUAGACUUGGACAAGCCCCUGGCAGACACCGAAAAGCUUCCAGUGAGGACACACCGCUCCGAGGCUCUAAAGAGCCCUGGGGAGGAUGGAGAUGUAGAGAGUGUCCCACAGGAGCCCAAGAAGAGGAGCAGCAAAGAAAAGAAAGAGAAGAAGAAGGACAAAGAUAAGGACAGGAAGGUAUGCCAGAAAAGCAAAGAGGAGAAGAAGAAAAAGAAGAAACACAAACAUGACACAGAGGAUGAGCCAACAGAGCCUCAAGCAGAAGAACUGGUCAAAUCAGAAGAGACCAAUGAGGUGGCAGCUCCACCUACCUCUACAUCUGCUGAGGCCUCCGAUCUGGAUUUCUGGCUCUCUAGCACUCCUGUUGCCCCAACCGCCAAGGAGGUAGCAGCCCCAGCCCCUGCCGCAGCUCCAGCUCCUGAAACGAGUUUAGCAGCAGCUCCAGACUCUGAAGCAGAUGAGCCCAAAGACGCGGAACCUGAGGAGGCGAAAUCCUCAAAACAUAAGAAAAAGAAGCAGAAGAAAGAGAAGGAAAAAGAGGAGAAAAAGGAGAAGAAGAAGAAGCGGCAUCACCAUCAUCACCACCAUAGCGACGGAGGAGGAGAGGAUUCUGUACAAAACGGAACCAUGGAGGAGGAAGAGCCCCUGCCGCCUAUGUCGAACUACUGCCUGCUGGCUGAAAACUCGUACAUCAAGAUGAUGAAGGAGGAUGCCAAUCAGGUGUAUGAUAUUCAGGGCAACUUGCAGGACGGCAGCCAAGUGGUCGUGUCGGUCAUAUUUGAGAACAAAAGUGACAGCUUUCUCAAAUCUAUGGAGUUCAAUGUGCUGGACUCCCUCAACUCCAAACUGCAACGACCAGAGGGAGCUGGACCCCAUGAUGGUCUCGUCGUACCCUUCCAGCUGCCACCAGGGGUAUCAAAUGAGGCCCGCUUCAUUUUCUCAGUGCAAAGUAUUGUCAUGCCUCAGAAACUGAAAGGAACCCUCACCUUCAUAGUCAAGUCGGAAGACUCCUCAACCCAUGAAAAACUGGACUUCAAACUGCACUUUACCUGCACAUCAUACCUAAUCACCACUCCCUGCUACAGUGAUGCGUACGCCAAGCUGCUGGAGUCUGGUGACCUGAAGAGCAGCUCUCUGAGGCUGGAGGGAGUCAACAUGCCCUUCCACCACCUUUUGGCUAGGAUCUGCUUCCAUCAUCAUUUCUCUGUUGUGGAGAGGAUCGAUUCCUGCGCCUCCAUGUACAGCAGGUCAAUCCAGGGUCACCAUGUCUGUUUGCUGGUCAAAACUGCUGAUCAGACCGUCUCCAUUGACGCUAAAUGUGAUGAGCCGUCGCUGCUGGGGAACGUGCUGGACGAGAUAAAGCAGACCUUCUCACAGUGCUGAUUGUGUCUGAGACCGAUGGUGCCCUCGCCCUCUCCCCAAACCCCUCCAACACUCAGAAUCAUAUCACAAACACUGAGGCUGGCUUCCCCUCUGCUCCACCUCCCUCCUCCCUGUAUUUAUUGGAUCUCUUGUUCUAUUAGUCUUUUUCCUCUUUCGUGAGAUCACACAACUGAUGUGUUUAAGUUGUGUGGAUCCACACUUUCCUGCUUCACUGCAAACGCACAUUCCUUUUGAUUUUUCUCCUAAACCUCUUCUCCUGUAUCAGUGUCAGUCCAACAUUCAGUCCCACUAACCUCCCUAACCCCUUUCUGCUCUCCCAUUGUCUUAAUAGCUGACAUUCAUUUAAGUAACUGGAUUUAUUUUCUUCUUGUCGAUGAUGUUGGGUGACUUUUUUUUUCUUUUUUUUCUUUUUUUUUAUUCGUAUUGUUUUGCGUUUUGUUUGUUGCUUUCUUUCAUUCUCUCAGCGCCUUUUCCCCCCUUGCAUUAAACAUGAGCUUAGCGUCAGUUCCCCCAUGUGAGUGUGUGUGUGUGUGUGUGUGUGUGUGUGUGUGUGUGUGUGCGCGCGGUAUGUCUGUUUCUAUCUCUCUUACUCUGUUUCAACCCCUUGUGGAGAGCUUUCUGAACCUGAUUUCUCAGCUUCAUGCCAGAAACCCUGCCCAGCCCACUUUCCAGCCUCCAACAGGCCUAAAUUUUAGUUUGACAAUGUCCCCCAAGUAGCUGUACUGCACGAGCCCUGCCACGUGGUUCCAAUUAUGUAACCUGGUGCACUUUUGGACUUGGAGAAAACGGGUGAGUUCUGGGACCAAGUUCCGAAUAGCUUGGACUUUGUAACCCAUGAAACUUAUGACAGAAUGAAGCAGAUACAACACUGUUACUCUACUGUGUCUGUUGGCCUUUUCCAUUAUUAUUGUAAAGCAUACAGCUUUACAAGUUUACUGCACACUAAGACUUCGAGGAGGUUUGCUAUAAUGAACAGCGUAACUAACGCUUACUAUUCUGUCAGGGUCAUCAAGGUUAUUACUCCAGGUCUCUCGUCCCUGAUGGUUGUUACAGCAUGAUUAACCAGGAACCUAGAUAAAAGUGUCUUUUCGAAGGCUCCACAUGAAGUUAUGAAGGAUUUCUAAUUCUGACAAAUCAGUGACCAAACCAAAAGUAUCAGUUGAACAUCAGCUUAAUUUUCUUCAGUCAGUAUUGUAGUACGUGGUUCCUUGGCUCUCUCUGGAGACUACUGUUUAUGGGAAGCUUAAUAUCCUUCCGAAAUGUGCCCUCCAUACUGUUGGUGUCACUUUUUCAUCAACUGAACUUCCUGUUACCUGGACAAAGGCCUGGCUCAUACCUAUGUUUGUCUGUUCUUCUGCCUUGUUCAUUUGGCAAACUGUGGUGAAUUACAUCUUUUUCCUCAUUUUAUUUCCAAAUGCCUUUUUGUUUCCACACUACUGUACUUGUGCUAAUUGAGGAACCUGCUCUAAUGUAAUUUCUGUUUUUGUUUGCCUGGUCCAGCACGCUGUAGCACUCAGUUUUAACAUCCAGCUGAAGUAGUAGUCCUCCUUUCUCUAAACUCUACAAGUAAGAUUUGUUGCUGAAGUGUUUAAUUAAACAGCAUUAGUCAAUAAUCACGUGACUAGUGUAUACGGUUUAAAUCAAGAUGCUUCUCAUGUAGUUGCAAAUACUGACCAUGCCGGCCGUUCAUACAGAUGACCCAACAUAAUGCAGGUUUGCUGUUUUAUAAGAUAUGUCCACCUAAAGUCCACAGUUAUCAGUGGCCAUGUGAAUGCAACUUUCAGUCACCCGAAAGCAUCAGGUCAUCUAUAUGAACACAGGGUAAAUCACAGGAUACUGGGAGAACCACCUGUAACUAUUAACAAUACUGAAGAUAUUUUCUGUGCAGAGUUGAUUUAUAUCUUGCAUGAGUAGGAAUGUAUACUUUUUGUUACUUUGUCUAAUACAAGGACACGUGCAUACAAAAGCUCCCUACCAUUCCUUUAUUGUUGUAUUUUCUAGUUUUCUUUUAUAUAUAAAUAUAUACAGUAUAUUCAGUAAAAGUUGGCUUCUUCAUGCUACACUUUUGAUGGUAUAAUGUAUUUUUAUCUGUUCAGAGUACAUGCAAUUUAAAAAAAAGUCUUGGAAUGUUUUUAAAAUUUAAGUUUUGCAUUAAAUUAUAUCAUUAGAAGGGCGGGUUUCGUUGGUGUUGAAGACUGGGAUGUUCAAAUGGAUGUGUGUAACCAGCUGUUAACAGCAGCUCGCGUGAAGCAGCCCACCAUCUCCUAAAGGAUUUCCCCCUGGCAAACUGUAGUGCAGAUCUUGCUGGAUUUUGCUUGUAUCAUUCAAUGUACUCUCAAUGCUCUUCAUUUGAAGGUACUGUCUGACUCCUUCACUAUGUAUUUUCUGACUGUAUGAUGUAAUAUAAUGUUUCAAGAAUAAAUGACUGAAGAGAAUGACCAAUAAUUUGCUAUCUAAGUUCCCUUUAAUUGAGAGGUUCACCCAAGAGAAUUAUGAGAAACUUAGGCUGCUGUAGUUUUCUUUUGUGUGUGAAGAUGAUGGUGUACCAAUAAAUUCCGACUUCUGAAUAAGUGCA